AUGAGAUGUUGCACGCCCGUGCUCGCAGGAGCUCCAGACGCUGAAGGCUGCGCCGCUGCGCCGUGCUGCCUUGUCGAUGCGCGAUGCGUGCAGUCAGACUGGCAGGAUCAGAGCGAGCGGGCUUUGGAGGCAUCCAAAAAGAGCAGCCAUCGGACGGAGGACUUGGCACGGCAGCUGCAUCAGCUUCAGGAGGACCUGGGUGCCUCGCUCCGCGAGCGAAACCAGCUCCAUGAGGCGGUGGAGCAGCUCACGGUGCAGUUCCGCGAGGACGUCUUCCGCCAAUCGCAGCGACACCUGGAGCUCGAGGGUCUCAUCGAGGACCGGAACAACGAGAUCAAGCUGCUGAUGUACAGGCUCCAGGAGCUCUCCUCGAGGUAUGUGCCAGUGAAGGCGGAUGCCACGGACAUGGUCCUUUCGAGAUGGAUCAACGGCUAUCGGCCGGCAGUUCCUUUCUUCCGCUUGGCACAAGGGCUCUACCUCUUCGGUCGGCGGCAGGUCGUCUGCAAGAUUUCCAACGACAAGCCGGUGUUUCGCAUCGGCGGUGGCUUCGUAGGAUUUGAGAAGUUCCUCGAGCAGUUUGCUGCGGAGGAACUCGAGAGACUUCUGACCUACGAGUUGGCGAAGCUCUUAAGAGCAGCGGGUUUUGUCAGCCAUGUUGCAAACGGAGCGGGGCACCGCGGCGCAUUCGCAAGGAUGAGAAGACAGGCGAGCCCAAGUUCCUGGUGGUCGGGACCUCCGAAGCAUCCACAAGUCCCUCUCCUUGCAGCAGUUGUCAAGUUUUGGCCUGACUGA